AUGCGUUUUGCUAUUAUUCUUGUUCUUGUUCUCGUCGUUUUUUCGAUCUUCGUCAAUUGUGAAAAAGCAGCGGGCACUGGAAAACUAGCAAAAGAUGCUUCUCGACCAAAUUUAGCUGCACUUACGAGGAAAGUCGGAGGAAGGCGACUAGGAAAACUCGGCCGAGAAUGCCAAAAAGAAUGUCGAAAGAAAUUGGGCGCAUCCAAAAUCACUGAUGAAUACAACCUCCAGCUGAAACAAUGCCGAGCUACAUGUGUUGAAAAUAAACGGAAACAAACCACUCCAAAAAAAAGCCAGUCUUAA